CACAUCUAUGGAGGAAGGCAAAGACGUGGAGCACUCCAGAGCAACAGCCAGCUCCGUAAUGCCAUUGCCUAAAUCUCCAUCCACACAGUAUGAAGAGAAUGGGAGAGAGGAGGAGGGCUUCCACAACGCUUUGCUGGAGCUGAAAGACCUGCGGUCUCAGCUUCACCAUGCGGCAGAACAUUGUGAGCGUGCAUUUUCCUCAGCCCAGCAGAAGAAGAUGAUUUUGGAGGGGACAAAGAGCUACAUAUGUGAAGCAGUUGUGGCAAUAGUCGACCAUUUAGGAACUGUCUCAUCCAAACUCGAGCAGAGUCUCCUUGCAAAUGCUGUGGUUAAGCAGACUGAACAAGGAAUUGGUUGCUUGAAGCCUCAAGUGAGAUGGAAUGAAGACAACUUGUAUGAAAUUGAAGCCAAUAAACCAGUGAGGCAGAAAAUAACUGAACCUAAAACACCUUAUCAUCCUAUGGUUGAGGCUGAUGGUAAGUCCGCAAAUGUUGUUUAUCGCCAAGAAGAACUUCGCAGGUCCAAAUCAUCCUCAUCUUCUACUGCUUGCUGA